UCAGAUACAUUUUGCCAGCCGGACUUAUCAGUAUCGGACCAAACGCCACUAGAGGAAUCCCUACCAGAUUCGGAAGAGAAUAUUAAUAACAUGCUGACAAAUAGAGCCGCUCCCCCUGAUGACAGUGAAUCACCUGCCUCUCCUGACAAAACAGCAGUGGCAGAAAGGGACCAUCUAGAUGAUAUUGACAAGGAGCUAUUGGACAAAAUCGAGAAAAUUGCCCGAGGAGAACAUGUGGAGCCAGAGAAACAGGUCACAAUUUGGGAUUUUGCAGGUCAGGAUGUCUACUACACCACGCACCAAACGUUCCUCUCAGAGCGGAUCAUCUACUUGUUGGUGUUCCGACUUAACCAGGACCUCGAUGAUAAAAUCCGUGUAUACAGGGGAGAGAAGACACUGAAAGAGUUUAUUAUGUUUUGGUUAAACUCAAUCCAUAUGCACACUAUUGGAAAAUUGAGGGAAGAAGACAAAAAUGUCAUGCCAUACGUCUUGAUUAUUGGAACUCAUAAGGACAUGUUAUGCCCACAGGGCGACGUUGAAAAGAUUUUUGAUAAACUCAAGAAGUGUCUCGACGACAAGCAGGUACUCAAGGACCACGUCUACCGAUGUUUUGCCAUAAGCAACUUGGCCGAAGAUGAUGAGGAGUUUGCUGAAAUAAAAAGAGCGAUCGAAGAUUUGUGCGGUUACAGCAGCGAAAGUGAGGCUACCGUUCAACAUCUUCCAGUGAGUUGGAUUAAAUUGGAAAUGAAUUUGGCAGAGAAGAGUGAAGAAACCCCCAUCAUAACUAUUGAAAAACUGAGGGAAAUGGCGCAAAGGGUAGGACUCCCUGAUGGAGAAUUACAAGAAAAAUUCAUUCCUUACCAUCACCGUCAAGGAGACAUCCUACACUUCAAAGUUGAUGGACUGGAAAAUGUCGUCAUAAUAGAUCCACUUUGGUUAGCAGAUGUGUUUUCUGCCAUCAUGACCCCGGCCAGCAUUCACUCUGUGCAUUCACACAGUCGCGGCCAUUUCCUGAAAGAUGAGCUUAAAAGAGGAGUCCUAAAGGAGGAGGUAUUUGAUGAGUAUCUAAAAGAAUUCAAGACGGCCGAAAAAAAGACUGAAAUCAUUCGACUUAUGCUGCAUUUCGACUUGAUGUUAGAAAUAUCCCAAUCAGUUGAAAACCCUCUGCCCUGGUCUGGAAAGAGAAGAUUCGUUGUGCCCAGUAUGCUGGUAUCCAAUAACAGUGCAAAUAACGCCUUGUCUGAGACGGAUCCACAGAAAUAUUUGCUUAUCGCAUUCCCUCACAUUCUGUUUCCAACCGGGUUGUUUCAUCGUCUGAUCGUCCGUCUUCUUAGGAAGUAUAGAGCUCAGGACUAUGAACAUAACAUUCCAGUUGUUGGGUUUGACCACGCCUCCUUCCGUAUGGUUGACAAACAGUCGGUGCUCCAUCUUGCCAUUGAAGAAAAGGCCAUGAGAAUGAUGAUAACAAACGCUACUGGAAACAAAACAAAACCUCACAUAUACUUGAACGCACGGAAAACCGUCGACGAAGAGCUGUCAACUCUUAGGAAGACGUACUGUCCCAGGACGCAGUUUGAAUUCCGCAUUAGGGUAAAUAACAAUGGAAAAGAUAUUGCAAUAAAAGCAGAGGACGUCCAGGAAAACGAUCAGAUCUGUUGUUUUGUAGAGGGCUCUGAAAUAGCAAUUGAUAUGACACCGUAUCGCAUUUGGUUUUCAGAUAGUGCACAGGCAGUACAAACAAGUGAACCAGUAGGUGCGAAUGCCCCAGAUGCGUCAUUUAUUGAUGCACAGAAGUUUGCAAGGCUGUGUUAUCUCGUUAUUGAACUUGGAACGAAAGUCAUUAGAACUUUCUUCCUCAAGGAUGUUGUUAGGCCUAGCAUCACUAAUGGUGAGCACAUCAGUGAUAAAGAUGCAGUGCUUCAGUUUUUUGGUAAGCAUGACGUGAAAAAGGAACUCAAGAAAACAAAGGUCAUAUAUGCUUCUCAGUGGAAUCUGUUGUACCCUGCCUCUGGUCAUACAGAUGUGGAAACGUUUGACAUUACAUUGCUGGUGUUAUUGAUAAGAAGUCUUCACCCAGACAAAGACAACCUGAAAUGGCCAGCGUACCCAAAAAACGUCAAGUUACCUUCCCCUCCACAAACAACACAAGGUUUCAUCGACCACAUCCAGCGACUUAAGAAUGUCAGGAAUUAUGUACAGCAUUCCGCCAAGUAUGGGAUCCAAGACAUGGAGAAAUUCCGCACAAAUUGGGAAAUCGCCUGUGCUUCUGUUCUAGCACUUGGUGCAGAUCCAAAUGAAGUGGAAAAGGUACAGAAAUCCAUCUUUAGCAUACAGGAGAUAGAUACAAUAGUGUGUGAAAUACGCAACUCGGCCGAAGAUAACAAACGGCAUUUCGACAGCAGAUUUGACAGACUUGAAUCACUAAUAUUUUUCAUAUGUGCCGUUCUCUGUGCCGUCCUCAGUGCUUUUGCCAUAAAUUACCAGUGGUGGAUUUAG